AUGAUAGUGACGAGGCCAAAACUGACCUUCAGUUACCCAAGUUCGAGGAAACUAGGAGACAUUGUAAAGUUGAAGCUGCUGGAGAAGCUGCCGAGAAGGAGAAUCAUUGAAAUAUGGAAACAGAAUUACGAAGAAGACACCUGGGUGUACACAGAUUGCAUUACAGGAGAGCAGUAUGAACGAAUCAACAGUAACCAGAGACAUAAUAGAAACUUUAUACUGCCAGUGAGAAAGGGAGUCGACAGAUACUAUAACCUGUUCAGCCAGUUCAUAUCGGAUAAAAUAGUGCUACUCACAGCACUAGAGAAGUAUAAGCAGUACAGCAUCAGCGAUGGGACGCCUGACCUGGUGGUGACGAUGUACGACGAGCUAAAGUCCACGCACGACCUGGUGCUGCUGAAGAUGGACAUAGUUAAUGACAAGGACAUUGACAAGAGGGAGUCGGAGGUGGUGCUUGGCAACCUGCUCACCUUUUAUACGGACUUCAACCUGUUCAGAUGGGUGAGAAAGUUCAACAACACCCCAAGGGAAUUUAUAUACACCGACUACAUAAGGGAAAAUAAUAACAUGUUUAACCUGAGUUAA